CUGUUGUUUUAAACUCAACUCAUUUAAAUGCAACGCCAAGCUUACUUAUGCGUGAUAUUUAGCUUGAGUCGUUGAGGAUAGGAAUAAAUUAGUUUUUGCGAUUGUUUUCCCUCGUGAUCGCGUGUCGACGCACGGUUAGGUUGCUGUCAGCAUGAAAUGGGUGAUUUCUAACAAGGAAAAACUGUAAUCUAUCAGUUGGAAACAUCGCAUUUAAGGCAUCGAGGGAACUCUCAAGGAUAGACGAUGUUUUGUGGGGUUAUAAUUCAUCGACUGUCAUUGGCUUUGUGUUGUUUGGCGCUGUUUCAAGUUACAGUAUUUGCUUCAAACGGUAGGCUAUGUAGUAGAUAAAUUCAAUUUAACUGAUAAUACAAUUCUCCCAUUUGCGCAUGCAAAUUUAUAAUAAUCCAACCUUAAACAUUCAUAACAACUAAACCGCCAGGGGUGGCGAAAUUAUGGAAUAACAUUUUCGAGUCAUCAGUCACGAAAUCGACGCUUGCUAAUAUUGAAAUACUGUUCCUUUUUACACUGAAAUUCCACCGAAGAUUAUCGUUUGGAAUUCUUUUCUAAGACGUUUCCUACGAUUUGAGUUAGUUUGUCUAGAUUAAAGAUGCGAUUUUAAGCCCGCCGGCCCCAUCAAUGAUUUAAAAUACAGUUCUCAUAUAAUAAGGGACCAACCGAAGCUUUAUGGAACAAUGAACACAAAUUAUAAAUAACUCUUAUACACCUCAUUAUCUUAUAUUCUAGCUAAAUUGUGAUUGUUAGUGAAUUAUUACCUAUGGUGAAUCUUCGAAGCUACCCAGUCCGUUUUCCAAUCCGUAACUCUUGGAUACAUUUUACAGCUUUAUCAAUACCGAUUUGAACAAACAGUUUUCAUCGUUUGAUCAGUUAGUAGUUCAGAAGUUGUUAUUGUGAUAUUCCAUAGCUAAAUAGUGCAAGGGACCAAACAGUGAUAGGAUUGUUACAAAGGAGCUGGCUCUGCGUGAGAGAUAAGCGAUAAGUUUAGUUCAAUUCUUUAACACCGAACCAAAUGGAACGAUUCAAUGAGAAGCCGGCUGAGCUUGUGCCGCCACGAGAUUAUCAUGGGGAACGACUGAAGCCGCAACAGAAUAUUUUGCAAGCUCGUACUCGUAGAAUUGUUUUUUGGAACAUCUUGUUUUCACUUCUCACGGAUAGUGAUUAUUUAAAUGCACUAAAGCGGAAAAAUUGGAGAAGGACGCGCUUGAAAGAGCUUCCAGACGGAGAUUGUUAUGUCACUGAGGUUAAUUUAUGCUUCAUAUGCUAAAGGUCACGAGAGGUCUCCCUUGGGAGUCACGCAAAAUAUUUUGGUAACUGCUGACCAAAGCAUGGUCAGCACAAACAUUGUUUCGAGGACAUGAAGUAGGAGACAUGAUAGCUUGCAGUGUAGGCGUCUUAUUAGGGCGAUUUAACGUUACAAGCUCGCGAUAGUUUAUUCUACUAGGCAUGUUUGAUUCAGUGCUAGAGUGGACGGGGAAGGCCGCACCCCCUUCCCUCUGUUUCCUAUUGACCGUCUCCCACCCUCUUGGCACAAAUUUCUUUCUCUCCCCAGCCUUCUGCUGUUAUUAAAAUCAAAGAUGGUAGCUACGGUUUUCACCGAGAAAGUACUUCGCACUCGCUCGUCAGAUUAGGUUUGCUCUGCACGCAAGAGACACUGAUGUGCACUUCACUUGCUCACUCACUUACGUUAACUCUUUGCCCAUCAGGAUUUUUAACGCAACUUUGGAGUUUUUCAUUUUAUAGAAAGUUUGUGAGAAGAUGAUUCGAACAAAAGACACAUUGAUCACUGCAACUGAAAGUAACCUGUGGUGAUCUCCUAUGCAGAUGGUUUUUCUGUUGGUUUCUUAAAGCAACAUACACCCUCCAUCAGAAAGCGUUUUAUAACGAGACUAAACAACGUCUGCGAUGGAGACUUCUUGAAAAGGCCAUUAAUUUUUUUGUUUAUUUCUUUUUUACUAGUGUUUUGUUUGUUUGUUUUGUUCGCUUAUUUGUCUUUGUCUGCGCACUGUCAUAGCAACCUAUCUUACCAAUGUUUAGCAAUUGUUUUUCAAAAAAAAUUCUACCACUCUUUUGACCAAUCAGAUUCAAAAUUAGAACGAACGGCGACUUUGUCUUUCGUAUGUGACCGGAUAUAUAGUCAGGUUACUGAAUUGGUUUCGAAAUGACGAAGCUCAUUUCGAAUUUAAAGUACAUUUGAAGCUAAGGGUAAGUUGCUCUUCGGAAUCUCAAAGCGCACUCAGUGGUGAAAUUCUAUAAGUACUUCUAAACGGCACAGAAACAUUUAUGUCAGGUAUACGAAGCAAACACCUCCUUCAAAUACAUUUAGAGAGAAUUUCCUUUGGCCGGCCUUUUUGCAAUUGCUUUACUGGACAAUGAAUAAUCGUUAGGUGAAACUGGACAUGUUACGAGCUAAGAGCCAUCUUAUUUUUCUUCAGAGCCAGAGGACAAGACAUUUGAACCGGGAGAAAAUAUCACCCUUGUUUGUGGUAACGGAAGCCUGUCCUCCUCCACUUUUUUAAAAUGGACCAAGGACGGAAACAUUUUAUUUAACACUACCUCUCACAAUAUAAGUUUAGUCCUUUCUAACCUCACGAAAGAAGAUGCUGGAUUGUACAUUUGCACAGCAAAUAAUUCAAAGGUAUUGAAGAAAAUUCAACUCGUCUCCCCAUCAGAUGGUGAGUACAAACUGUGUAACUGUGGCACACUUCUGAGAGGUUACGAUUGCAUUCAAAUCUACUCACUAGGGUUGUUCAAAGGUCUUCUGCUACUGUACCCACUCUGUGGAUGUAGUUUUUAUAUUGGUGCUUACCACAUAGACGAUCGGUACUUUUCGUUAACGUGCUGAUUGUUCAUCUCUGAACAGCCAGAGAGACAGAAUCUAGCGUUGAGACUGUUUAAUACCCGAUAUUUAUUGGUAUUUUGCACUGGAAUAAACUUAUUUUUGGGUUCUUCACUGUUACAUUCUAAAAAAAUUGGAUUGGAUGCACGUCACUGUCGGUGAAACUGGGAAAUAUCUACCGAAUUCGCUCGGUAAAUGUCCACCAGAAAGACUUCACCUCCACUUCGGUGGACAGUUGUUAGAUACAUUAUAGUGACCAAAGCAAUACAAGAAGGGCUUUCUGAGACGUGGAGGCGCUUUUACAGUUUGAUGCUCUACGUUAACAUUCUAUUGGAAUCUGGAAGCAUGCAUGCCAAUUUUUUUCAAUUUGAUCGCCAAAAAUAAGGGAUAAAGUCCAAUUAUGACUUAGAACUCUUCUUUAACUAUGUUUCUGGAAAGCCGCACCCACACUGGUUAUGAUAAAAUUAACAUGCAUGUAAAGACCGUAGUUGAAAUAACCACUGAUAAGAGGGCCAGAUCUGGAAAUUUGACCAAUUACAUGUAGAAGCCCGGACUUAAAAAGGAAUACUUACAGUCAUGAUGCACCGAAUGAAGUAGUUAGAAUCGGCCGUCUGAUCGGUAAACUUUUCAAAUCCGGCUCUCUCACUGGUUAUUUUCUAACCUUGGCUCUUUGAAAUGCCACCAAAGACCACUUUUGUUGAUUUGACUCCUCUUCAGUUCAAGAAGAAACAGAACAGCCGCCAGAGGAACAAGACGAUGGACUCAGUAAUGUUGACUACAUCGCCAUCGCUCUCGCACUUGGCUUGACAGUUUUUAUCAUUGUUUUUAUGGCGGUAUUCCUUUACCGGGCAAAAAGACGCCGAAAGAAUGAAUACUACAAAAGACGAUGGAGAGUCAAUGUCAACGGAAAUGUAAGUACUCAACAGUCAAACACUCGCUGUGGAAUUUGGACUAGCCCCUUAAAUAAGUUAUUCUUUUCUAUGUCUGAUUCUCACGAUCAUGCCACUACAUAUUCUUAAAUCAUAAUAAAUGAAUGCCUAAAGCCACGAAUUUGGAAUCUUUUCUCUCUUCUCCGAGCUCCUUCGGGCUUCGGCCUCAAAUGUUUUGUUUGAUCGAUCCAAGGGCCGGAAGAUCUCUCCCGCUUGAUCAAAACUAAAGCGGACCAGUGUAAAGUUCUUGAAAACAUUCUUCAGUCGGCGAGAUGCAACUGUUUGUGACUCAUGCAGCAUAAUCGGCCCCUCUAAUUUUAACACGACUUUUAACCUUUUUUUUACGGCUAAAGGAAAUUGAAACUACCUUAUCUAUGUUGAAUGUGUUUUGUUUUGGGCGAGACGAUUCAUUACUGUGCAUCAAGGGAAUAUCAGUUAAUAUUCUUUUGUCUGUACUCAUAAGAUUAGAAGAGACAGAUUUACAAUAGACUUAGAAAAUAGCCACCCAAAGUUUCUGCAAUUCCCAGCCUUUCCCCCACUUCUACACUUUUUCAUUGUUGGGUGUAAGGGAAGAUCCCUUUGAGAUAAGAAUACACUCUUAAUAAGACAAACGGAACUACUUGAGCCCGCUUUACAGACCUUAGUAAAUUUUGAGUUCAAACAUGAAUGCGAUUAAACCAUUUUCAAUAUUUCCAAUAGCAAAACGUGGCUGUUGAAGAGGAAAACGUGAGAAAACCCGGUUAUCCAAUAAAUGAUUUCCAGGUGAGAAUGGCUCCCAAAGAACCCCGUAAAUCUUCACGGCAGAACAACAGACCAGCGGAAUAUCACUGGCUGGAGACUUUAGGAAGGGACGAACAUACUGAUGGGAACGCUAACGCACCUGGGCGACCUAUGUACCAGUACACUGCAUACGUGUAAUAUGAUUGGACAUUUUUGACUUGUUAAAAUAUAUUUUUUAAAUUAAAAGAAAUCUGUCGAAAUAGUUCGUAGUCAGGAGCCAAUUAAUGUGCUCCUGUCGCGAGUCAUCAGUUCAAAGGCUAUCCUUUGCAGAUUGUUACUGAUCAGCUUUUAAAAAUUUUCCCUGUUUUGAAUAUGCCUUCAUAGGGCUCUGCUUGAGCUGGUGACACUUUUUGAUCUGCGGAAUUAUUUUUAGGGGAAAGUUGCAGUUAAAAGUGAUGCAUUGUUGAAACAAACUCUCUUCCUUUUAUCAUUAGAGUUUUCUAGAUCACACUUUAACGACUGUGACGAUUUUGGGACGCACUGUUACAAACAAUCUAGACACUCUGUCUCCCCCUGAAACACUCCAGCCCAUCAGCCAAGCUACUGUGAGAGCGUUUUUAGCAGGAAGGAAUGGGGGGGGGGGGGAAUAUUUCUUCCCUAGUUAUCGGAGUUUUGUCAACCGCGUCGGCCUGUCCUCUCCCCGGAUUCUGAACUAGGCGUGAUCCUGGAAAUGAUGUCAGCUAGUUUCACCGGACAAGGACGCCAUAAAACGAACACAUAUUUUGUGGAUUAUUAAUUCACUACAUAGCUAUCGCCUUUUGCAAAUUCUUGUAAGAGGAACAGAAGAUAUUAAUUCCAAUCAGAAAAAAAUUUUUCUAGUACUUCAGAUCUGGAGAAGGAAACGUUAAUAUCGCAAACUGGUCGAAGAGCUUAGCCUAAUUUUUCGUUUUCGCGUUGUUGGCCCCGAGAAUUUUUUAGCUGUUCAGCGCAGCGAGGGUGCGAUGAAUCGAAACCACAACAAAUCGUGUCAGUCAUAAAAAGACUAAAAACAGGGCCAUACGAAUUCACGCUUCUUAUUUUAGCUUUUCAUAAGAAAUUCUUACCCCAAUAAGACUAGAUGUUAAAGCUUUACAACUAUUAUUUCCUUAUUUACUCUGGUUGCCUUAAACAACUUGAUUCCACUGGUUAACUAGAUUCAGCUAAGCCAAUUUCAAAAGGCGUGAUUUCUCCGUGAAACGAAUCCACUAACCAAAAAUAACACCGGAUGUAUAUAUAUUGCGUAGAUUUGCAAUGUUAAAUGCCAACCAAUGUUUUUAGUCCUUGAACUAAAUUAAUAAAGGGAUUUUUCAUCAUCACCAGAUUUCAG